UAUCUUUACCUUUGCUCCCUGUGUACCAGGGCCCCACACAUAGCCCUAUUGUAAAUGACAUUGACUAAAGGCUGUCUGUGUAUAUAUGUGUAUAUCUUUCCUUUCUAUGAUCUUCUAUUCUAGGAGGUUAUACAAGAGCUCAUAAAUCAUACAUAAUAUGCUACAUCAACAGUCUUUGUAGAUUCAAUUUUAAUUAAUAGUAUCUGUCCAGAGAAGAUACUUUCACACCUUUUUAAUGUGGUGAUUGCAGUUGUGAAAUGAUAGUCUUCCACGUGAACUAGGCAUAGUCACUGAGUAGAGUGAUCUACAAAACAACUGCUGCUGCUUUGAAAUAAUACAUGAGUUCAUCUUUCCUAACUCUUCAGGGGGAAAAGGCAAGUUUUCUCAUGUAAGAAGCAAAUUACUAGGGAAUUACUAGGAGGAUCACACAAUCCCUCUUUCUUUGGCAGACUUGUAACGGAAUAACAGUAAAUAUAUGCACAUCUUAAAAUUCUAUUUAGAAUGUUGAGGAGCCCUCAGCGUAUCUUCCCUCAUGAGGCCAAACCUAUAAAGGCUCUUGCAGAUUACUCAGGUCUUGGGUGAAGAAAAGAACCACAUAAAAAUCUUACUUCACUGCAAAUAGGACAGCAGACUGCCUGCAAAGUGUAUACUUAGUUAAUGCAAUUAAAACAACAACAAAAUGCCUGGGUGGGUAGAGCUCUAAAUUUGGCAAGCAUAGUUGGUACAAGCCAUAUUCAGAGGACUAUAGGAAGUCAAAUUCGAGCAGAGGAGAGGAAGGAGUGGGAGAAAUAGGAAGGGGAAAUGUUUGAAGAUUGGAUGGAAAGAUGAGAAGAAGGGGCCUUGGGAAGAGUUGUGAAAGCAGAGAGGAGGUUGUAAGCAAUAGAAGCCAGAUGGAGGGGCAUCUCGUCUUGCCCUUACCAGCUCGGGGUGAGGAUUCAGCUACCCAGUUUCUUGGGAGCAUCACUGGGACUAUCCUGAGGGACAACGAAGGUUCUCGGCUUAAGACAGGGCCUGAUGAUCGACUAUGAGAUUAGCUCACCCAGGAGAGAGGAGAGACCCAACUGAAGGCAGGUGUGUCAGCCUAGUCAGGGAAGGACGCAGGGCACGGGAAGAAGGACAGGGGCUACGUGCAACAGUAGCUCUUUGAGCUACUAAAAUUAGGCAUAGUGAAGCUAGCUGUUUCUGCGGGAGACUGAUGUGAGGCGAACUGAGACGUUAGCCUUUCUCAACCCCCUUUCCACCAAUCUGCUCAAAGAGGUGGUUCCAGCCGGGUUCAACUUGGCGACGGACCGCAGGGAAGAAGGUUGCAGGGGUGAAGGUCCCCUGGGCUUCCGCAAAAGAAUGGCGGGUACUUCCUUGCCUUUCCCCGCCGCCUUUUUUUCCUGUAGCCCUGUGCUGGGAUGAAACCUCGGAUAGCCAGUAAAGCUUUUAGAGAAAGAAUACUCUGUUCCAGCAGCACUCUGCGCCUACCAUUUCCUAAUCAUCCCUGGACAUCCCCCACAAUUGCUCCUCUCUAUUUCCCAUUCUCGGCCGUAGGGUUCCCGCACCGCUCUAAUCUGCAGCAGACCCUCUCCAGCAGCACCACUUUACCCUCUUCUCAAAGCAGGGGCUAGUUGUCAGUGCCUACCAUCCCGCCCCCUUGAUCCGCUUUCUCCACUCUGCGGCUGCUGGGCUCGGGGUAAAAAGGGAUCAGGGGUGUCUGUUGGUUUCUUCCGUGCUUCCUGAGCUCCGCAGGGCACAGUAGGGCGCAGACACCAGAGUGCAGUCUAGGAAAGCAUAGGACAACUCCAUGUGCAGAAGGGGGUCGCCGGACUUGGGGAUAGAUCUCUUCCCAGUUCCCAAGUCCGAGCCCUCUCCAACCCUUCUUACUGCUCCCGCAGUCUCCUGGAGUUCGUUGCUCUGCCCCGCUAUCUCCUUUUUCCUCCUCACGCGGGUGAAAACGUUACUGGCACUCCCAAUUCUGCAGCUCCCUGAGAGACUAGGGCCAUUUCUGCAGGUUCAGGUCUAUGCUAUAACUCCCUUGACCUCUCACACAGUCCAUCCCUUUGGGAGAAGGCGAGUCCUCUUUAGUCAGAGAGGUCCUGAACUGGAGACGUGCCAGGUCUGCUAGGAGAUCAAGUGGCUUCUCCCCUCGCAGGCAGAUUAAGAAGUGCUCUGUUCUUUCCUUCCAGUCUUUCUCUCUUCUCCCGGGGCUCUACACUGCCCCCGACUCGCUCCCCCGCUUGCCACCCUUCCCAAUUCUCCCCACCCUUACCCUGCUCCAGCUCCAUCCUUCCCCUCCUACCACUCUCGCCUCCUCAGCUUGCGUGCCCUCACCCCUCCCUCUUUCCUCCCCGUCACCCCUCCUCUCUUCACACACACUCCUCCUUCCUCUUUCUCUCCCUCCCUUCAUUCCACAAGUGUCGCUUCCCUUUCACUCGCGCACUUGGGGAGCUGGAGAGGUGAGAAGGACCCGGAGAACGAGUGCAAGGAGACUGAAGAAUAGAAGGAGGGGGACCGCAGGGACAUCGGACAGCAGGGUCCCUAGGACAGACUGACAUUCUCAACCGUCCUGCUCAGCCCAAAACACCUGCUACUGAACUGACUGUCUUCUCCUCUCCCUCCUUCCCCCUCCCCACACCUCCCCCUCCCCCUUCAGACCCUACGCGCAACGCCGCGCCCAGCCCCUUGUGGCCGCGCGCUGGAACCGAGCGCCGCCGGCUGAGAGCGCAGUGGCCGCGGACAGAGCGCCCCGCGCCGCCCCCUGCAUGUGCCGCUCUUGGCGGCUCGCAGCCCCCGGCAGCCUCGGCAGCUUCAGCAGCUCCAGCGGCGGCGGCGGCUCCGGUGGUGGCGGCAGCGGCUCCGGCGGCUGCAGAGCGGCGGAGCCCAGGCUGGGAGACACAAUGCGCCGUGUCCUUCGCUUGCUCCUCGGCUGUUGCCUGACUGAGCUGUGCGCCCGCGUGUGCCGGGCGCAGGAGCGAGCAGGGCAGGGGCAGCUCCACCAGCAGCAGCAGCAACAGCAGCAUCAACACCUGGACAACGUGGUGGUUCUGUCCGGGGGUAACCGCUCGGGAGCCGGGGAGCCCGGGGAAGCUACCGGUGCUUCAGAGGCGUCCCCGACCAAAGCCCCUACGCCAGACUCCUGCCGAGGCUACUUCGAUGUCAUGGGACAGUGGGACCCUCCGUUUAACUGCAGCUCUGGGGACUUCAUCUUCUGCUGCGGCACUUGUGGCUUUCGAUUUUGCUGCACGUUCAAGAAGAGGCGCCUGAACCAGAGCACCUGCACCAACUACGACACGCCACUGUGGCUCAACACGGGCAAGCCCCCGGCUCGCAAGGACGACCCCCUGCAUGACCCAACCAAGGACAAGACUAACCUUAUAGUCUACAUCAUUUGCGGGGUGGUGGCUGUCAUGGUGCUGGUGGGCAUUUUCACCAAGCUGGGGCUAGAGAAGGCUCACCGACCCCAGCGGGAGCACAUGUCCAGGGCUCUUGCUGAUGUUAUGAGACCACAGGGCCACUGCACAACAGACCACAUGGAAAGAGACCUUAACAUUGUUGUUCAUGUCCAGCAUUAUGAAAACAUGGAUACAAGAGCCCCUGUAAAUAAUUUACACACAUCUCUGAAAACUCUUAAGUUGGCUGAUACCACUCAGCUGAACAAUGCAGUGCCAACCUCCCCUCUUCUCCCACAGAUGUCUCACCCUCAUUCCUAUCCCAGCUUGGGGCAAAUCUCCAAUCCAUAUGAACAGCAGCCUCCUGGCAAGGAACUGAACAAGUAUGCCUCCUUAAAAGCUGUGGGAAGUUGUGAUGGUGACUGGACAGUAGCAACACUUAAGUCACCCAAAGCUGACAAGGUCAACGAUGACUUCUACUCCAAACGACGACACCUGGCUGAGUUGGCAGCCAAGGGGAGCCUACCGCUUCAUCCAGUGCGGGUGGAAGAGGAGCCACCAAGGGCUUUUAGUCCUGAGCAUGGCCCCACCAAGCAGAAUGGACAGAAGUCCCGGGUCAACAAAAUCCACACACACCCCUUGGCUUACAACUCCACCACCAACUUCAAGAGCUGGGACCCCAAUGAACCAUCCCUCCGGCGUCAGGCCUAUGGCAACAAGGGCAAGCAUGGCACAGCAGAGCCGACCUCCAGUGAGCCACUGGCAACGAGGAGCCAACAUUUCAUGCCCUCACAGCCAUACUUCAUUACCAACAGCAAAACGGAGGUGACUGUCUGAGAUGGGCAUUGCAGGAAGCAUCCUGGAGAGCACGCUCAACUGAGAGAGGCAAAAAAGCAAAAUCUAAAGAACCAAUCCCCUCCCCCCUCCCCCCUGCACCCUCACACACAACACUUACAAUCAAAACUGACAACCCACUAACUGAUGACUUGGAAACUUGCUUCUCCUGGGUUACAACUGGCAUGUGGUCAACGGGCAGCUGAGGAAAAUUAAGACAGGGCAUUUAGCAAUAUAUUGAAAGAGAAAUUGAGAAACUCCAUGUGGAUUUCACAACCUAGGCAGUGGCAAACUCACAAGCUCAACCCGUGUGACUUUUUCUUCUUCUUUUUUUAACUUGAAAUUGGAAUUCUUGACGAGAAGUAGCACAAUCCAGAGAAAUUUUCCAUCCAUGUAAACCAUUUUCUACAAGCUAUCUAAUACUGCUUGUGAGAACAAAAGAGGAAGAAAGCACAGAGAGAGAGAGAGAGAGAGAGAGAGAGAGAGAGAGAGAGAGAGAGAGAGAGAGAGAGAGCAAGCACAGGAACACUCUCACGUGAGGCAGAGGAGAAAAUAUAUGAAAAUGCAUUGUUUUGGCCAGGAAUUUUGUAUCUCGAGGAUCUGAGUUGUUGGUCGAUCCUAAUAACUGAUGAUCAGGACACAUGUACCUGUGACAAGUCCAGGGCAAAGGAACUCAGCCUCAGCCCUCACGCUUACUAUACUUUCAUAUCAUCACUGUCGGAAGCAAAAAAUAAACAGACCCUGAACCCACCAAUUGCCAAUGAAAAGGAAAAGGAAAAGAGACUAUUUCCUGUGAUAUCCAUAAAAACUGUUGCAACUCAAGCAAAGGGGUGAACUGUUGGGUGGGGUGGGGGGGACAGUGGUUUAGAGAGUAUUCAACCUUCUUUUUUAAAAAAAUCUCUAUAUAAAACCACAAAGAAAACAUCUACCUUUUCCUUUUGCAAUCUUCAAAAUAAUAAAGACGUUACCACUUAAAAAUAAAUAAAUAAACAGCAAACCAACCAACAAAGGGACAGGUUUGUAGGAGGCGGCAAAGGGAGUAGCUGCCACUCCACCCUGGGUUUGUCCCUCCCACCCUCCCCACCUUUGAAAAGGCUGUCUUCUCCCAAGAACAGAAUAGAGUCUCACUUAACUGUCUGUUUCUGACUUCCCUUCACCUUAAGCGUGCUGCUGAACUUCAACUGCUUUGGACUGACAAUGACUUAAGCGUGGGUGGUGCCUUCAAUGUGUCACUGGUGUUCAAUGAUAGUCUUGUUUUCCAAGUGCAACCUGUGUUCCUUUAAGCUUAUUUCCUUCUGUUUUACUCAAGUAGUAGACAUUGUUUUCAUACCUCCUUUUGUUCACAAAUACUGUUCCAUCCCCUUUCCCCUCUCCGCCCCCCAUCCACCAAGUGGCUGCAAUGCUAGAGGUAUGUAGGUAAGAAUAUAGCCUCUCCAUGUUGCCCACCCAACAACCCUCAAGCCCUAUGUGCUGAUACUCAUUUCUCUUCUCAGAGCUCUUCUAAACCAAACCUUCCUCAGUGGGGAUUCCCAAACUUGUCCAUCAGAAUUGGUUUUCAAGCGCAUCAACACCUCUGUAAACCAAUGAUAUGGUAGAAGAAAGACACAUGAAUCUCCUAUGUGGUUUUGCUUUGUCCUGUUUUAAUAUGGAGAGUGAGCAGGGAAAGAAAAGAAAAAGGUGGUUUCUAACCCAAAUGACUUAAUUCUAAAAAUUGUUUUUCAAUUAAAAAGCAUUUCUUUUCUCUUCUUCCCAACCAUCCCUAUUAAAAGGGAAAAAGGACAUCAAAACUCUUGUAGUAAAUAUGAAUAUUCAAGGAAAAUAAAUUCCACAUUGGUCAUGUAAAAAAUGGAUGUCCUAUUCAGCACCCCAAGUCCUUUACCUCUCUGUCAGGAAGUGUGUAGCAUGCUUUAUUACUGGGUCCUUGAGUCUUGGUUGGUCACUGCAUUCAUCAGAGGUCUAAAAUCUUUCAAAUUUACCAAAUGACCAACUUUAAAUAAGCCACUCUAUCCCAGGUCUCCCACCCCCAUUUUAGCUGGCAAUGAAGCAGCCACCAACAAAUUCAGUGCUGCUUGGGUAUCUCACCUAGUUUCCACCAAAUGUUCAGACCCAAAAAGAACAGCACCAUAGUGUCUUGUCAUCCCCUGGUUACAAAGGGAAGCCUGCUGCACCUCUUCCUGGGACCAGCUCAUAUUUUCAGUUUCUCUUCAGAUUUUCCUACCCCCAAUUCCAAAAUUUCUCCUUUUUCCUUCAUUCUUUUCUUUUUGCCCUCCCUCAUAGUGUAGUGGAAAGAACAUUGUAUGGGGAGUCAGGAUACCCAGGGUUCUAGUCCCGAGCUUGCCCCAUGUUAUUUGUGUGGCCUUGGACAAAUCUCUUGAUCCACCCAGGCCUGGUUCCUCAUCUGCAAAAAUGAGGGCAUCAGACUAGAUAAUUUCUUUCUUUUUCUUUUUUUUUCCCUCUUCUGGGCAAUGAUGGUUAAGUGACUUGCCUAGGGUCACACAGCUAGUGUCAAGUGUCUGGGGCCGGAUUUGAACUCAGGUCCUCCUGAAUCCAGGGCCAGUGCUCUAUUCACUUUACCACCUAGGUGCCCCAGACUAGAUAAGUUCUAAGGUCAAUUCUAAUGUUUUGUGAUUCUAGUUCUCUUAUUUUGCCUUAGUCACUCCCUCAGAUUCCUCCCUCUCUUCUCCACUCAAUCUAUAGUCCGACACAACUUCUUUCUCCAAAUAAGCUCCUUCUGUCUCUGAAUCCUCCCUUUCUCUCAAUUCAACCCUGCCUCUUUCUCCACCAGCUUCUUGCCUAACUCACCUUUCUCUCUCUAAAAGUUUCUCCUCCCUGAAUCCUUUCCUGACUUUGAGCCUAAAGGGCUAUGGGAUCAUGGUUGCUUCAAAAACCCACAUUUUCCUAUUCCCUGCCUGUUAACAAUCUCCUUCUGAGGACUUGUAAGAAUGUGAGUGGAGACCCUCCCUGAUUCCUCUGAGUCUGCAGUCUCUCUUGCAGAGAAAGCUGAACCUUGGGAGCCUGAGAGCAACUUUCAAUGAGGUCUGGCAGCAGGGGCUACCAAACAAGUUAGUGGAGUAACUAGACGAGUUACUGAAGAUUUGGAAUGGAGAGUCCAUGGACUGGUCUCUUUGCCUAAGGCCAACUCUGACCAUGCCUUCCCUUCCUGGAGCUAGGCUAAUAAUUGGGGCUUCUCUAAGGAAGGGCUUUUGGCUGAGAUGUCUCCAGAUGGAUUCCGUAAACCUGCUGCUAUAUUGGAGGGCAAGCUGGAUGUUUGGGGUCUGAGGCAGAUAGGUAGAAUUGCUAAGGUCCUGUUGUAGGGGAGGGAGGUGGGGCAAUGCUAGGCAGGAGAAUCAAAGAUUGAUGGGAUGGGUCAGUUUCCCCUACCUAUCCCACUUGCCUUUCAUUUAGUCCUGACUGCCAUUCUCCAACAGGCUGUCUGACUCCUUGUCCUGCUGGGACUGAAGGUCUAUUAAAAUCAUCAAUUUGGUCUACACCUGGCAACUGCAUCCAAGUCUCUCCCCCUCCCAGGUUUGUGUGUACUUGAGCAUAUUUUAUGUGCAAAUAUUUUAGUAAUUGUAUGUUCUGUAAGUAACCCCGUGUUAAUACUUGUUAACAAAUGCAGAGUUUAUGAUACCAAUAACACUUCCUACAAUAAAAACAAAAUGUUUGUUUGUUUUCUAAGAAUGUUUCUUUGUAAACAUAUGUAUUCACUAUAUUAAUAAGAAUUUCUUACCUGGCAAUAAAACUGGAUUAUAUGUGA